AUGAAAUGCAACAUCCGAGAACUCGCUCUAUUGAGCGACCAACCGUGCUCAAUGGAAGGAAGGUUGAAUUACAAAAAGAUAACAAACGGUGGAUACCGUAACCAAGCAGUAUUUAAAGAAAGGUGGUUCAGACUUAUAAACAAUUAUUUAUUUUAUUUUAAAAUUAGUGAAAUGGGGAAAUUUGAUACAAAAAAUCCUGCUGGCGUUUUUGUUAUGGAAAAUUCAUCAAUUCAGAUGGAACAUGGACCAAGUAUAUCUUUCUCAUUUUCUAUAUCAUUUAUAGACGAACCUGAAAAGCGACAUAUUUUUGCAGCACGUUCUGAAGACAAUGUUGUACAGUGGGUAUUGAAACUACGACAGUGCUCUUAUGAAUACUUGAGAAACCGCUUGCACAUACUUCAGUCAAAGAUUUAUUCAAUAACUGGCAAGGAUCCCCUGUUGCUGGUUCCAAGAAAUGAAGGUGCCUGUCUUUGGGCUCCAUCAGUGCCUUUUUCAACUGCUCCAGCUUGCACAAUAAAUACCAGUUCUUUUAGCUGCCAUCUUCAUACCAAUGGUGCUUUUACACUCGAACGAAGCAAGUCGGAUGUUCAAGCUUACAAACUUUUACACGAGGCGUAUUCAAAAAAGGCAGUUUUCUAUACUGAUGAACAAAACAAAGAAAGUGAUUCCAAAGAUGUUAGUAAUAGCCAAGGAUUCGCAUUGGAGAAAAGCAAAACAUCAGCGGUGUUUGCAUCAACUUUAAAUCCUGUUGAUCUAUCAAUUUUUGAUAACCGACCUACGUACUCUCGGGCCGCACCAAGUCCUCCAGUUAGAACGAAAUAUUCACCUGGAAGUCGGCGAGCAGAAAUAGGUCAAGAUGUGCGGGUGUUUGCUGAACAAGGAAGAUACUUGGGUGUAACGGGUAUUUUAGAUGAUAUUCCAAUACCACCUAGAAGGAAGUUGUCACCUAAGCCUACAGAAAAGCAAGAAGUCAAUGUAGAAAAUAAUGCUAGUAAAGAAAAUUUGUCACAGGCAUUAACGGAAGAUCUUAUUAAAUUUUGA